GGGUCAUUCAAUUGAAUGAGUAACGGAAGUAGAUUCGGAAGCGUGUGCUCAUUUUGACAGGACUAAACGCACAAUUCAGUGGAGAGGGAUCAAGCUGCCUAAAGACUGAAAUGGUGGACUCUCAGUAUUACCUCCCAAAUGACAUCGGGAUCUCUGCUCUGGACUGCCGGGUGGCUUUUAGGCUGUUGUCUCCCAAAGAGCAAAUGUAUGCACACUACCUCUCUCGGGCGUCCUGGUACGGUGGACUGAUCGUGCUGAUCCAGACCUCUCCUGAGUCAGCCAACAUCUACGUACUGCUGCAAAAAAUAUUCCGCCUGCAGGCGCCACAGCAGCUGGAGGCAGCGGCAACCGCAGCUGGACUGAGCGCAGAGGAGUAUCAGGCCUUCCUCGUAUAUGCUGCUGGGCUUUAUGCAAACAUGGGGAACUACAAGUCAUUCGGGGACACCAAAUUCAUCCCCAACCUACCAAAGGAGAAGUUCAAGGCUCUGGUGUGGGAGAGUCUGGCCUUUAAACAGAGCCCUGGUGACAUGGAGACACUGUGGGGCUGCUGCUGUGAGCCCCUCUACUCCCUAGAAGACAAGCAGAAACAGCUCGGUCUGGGUGAGAAGGGGAUCUCGGCGUACUUCUCAGGGAACUGCUGCUUAGAAGACGCAGAGUUUGCCCAGAAAUUUCAUAACUCAAAGAACCUGAGUGCCUACAACACCCGUCUGUUCAAGACUGAAGUAGAUGGGAAACGGUGCUAUGAGGUGCGUUUGGCGUCUGCCAAGAAGGACAACUGUGCUGUUGAGGGAAAGAGUGAAGUUUGUUUUGGCAAACAUGAAUUUGAGGAUUCUGUGUUCUCUGUUAAGAGAGGCGAUUAUGCCUUUCUUAUGUACAAAUUGUACUUUUGGAUGUGAAAUGAUUAACAUAACAUAUUAAAACAAAAGAAUAAAGAUUAUGCAGCCAAUGACAACCAGAAGAGGAUGCUGGAGGAGUACAUCCACAGUUUCGCCUGUGGCUCAGUGGAAGCCCAUAAAGAAGGGUCCCGUUACUGGAUCAAAGACAAAGGACCUAUUGUGGAGAGUUACAUUGGUUUUAUUGAGAGCUACAGAGAUCCCUUUGGCUCAAGGGGUGAAUUUGAAGGUUUUGUUGCCGUGGUGAACAAGGCCAUGAGUGCUCGCUUUGCUCAGUUGGUGAACUCGGCUGAAGUCUUACUACCAGAGCUGCCUUGGCCUCCAGCCUUUGAGAAGGACAUCUUCCUCAAGCCAGACUUCACCUCUCUGGACGUACUCACCUUCGCCGGCAGCGGCAUCCCUGCAGGAAUCAACAUUCCAAACUAUGACGAUAUCAGACAGACAGAAGGUUUCAAGAACGUGUCCCUUGGCAAUGUGCUGGCAGUUGCAUAUGCCACACAGAAAGACAAGCAAACACACAUCUAUCAAAAAGAAAAGGACCUGUACAUCAAAUGGAAGGGUCCUUCUUUUGAGGUGCAAUUAGCACCCCAUUAACUGCAGCGUCAAGCCAUCUGUAAACUCAUUGAACAUUCACAAAAUGGUCAUUUUGAAUUUCAGAUCUCGAGCUGGUACAAGGGUAGCGAAAAAACUGAGAGCUGGUACAAGGGUAGCGAGACAUGGGACAGCAAGUUCUCCACCAUUGCCUCGUCCUAUGAAGAGUGUCGAGCUGAGUGUGUAGGUCUCUACCUGUGUCUCAACAAGCAGGUGCUCAGUAUUUUCGGGCAUGAAGGGGAGGAUGCAGAGGAGGUAGUAUACGUGAACUGGCUGAACAUGGUGCGUGCCGGCCUGCUGGGGCUGGAGUUCUACACGUCAGAGAGCAAGAGCUGGAGACAGGCACACAUGCAGGCCCGGUUUGUGAUUUUGCGGGUUCUGCUGGAGGCUGGAGAGGGGCUGGUUGGUCUGAAGGAGUGUACGGGAGCAGAUGGACGGCCAGAUGCUGUCAUAACACUCGACCGCAGCAAGAUACACACAGUGGGCAAGAGCGCCAUCCAAAGGUUCCUCUGUAAACUGCAGGUGCACAAGUCCACAGCUGACGUUGAGGGAGGAAGGGCUCUGUAUGAAGGCUAUUCUGCCGUGACUGCUGACGGCACCCACAAUUUCCUGCGCCUCAGAGAGACGGUUCUGCUCCGUAAGGAAGCUCGCAAGAUGUUUGUCCAAAACAAUGUUUGUGUUGUAGAUGACGCUGUGGAGCUGGUUGAGUAUGAAGGCAGUGCCGCAGGGCUCAUCCAGUCCUUCGUCGAACGCUUCCCAGACGAUGCCGAGGAGGUAGAGGCCCAGCUGCGGGAAAUGACCUGCAUGGACUCGUCCUGCUGGUGCUGAGACGACACACAAACAUCCUCUCAGACAAGAAUUAGACCACACUGAGCCACAGCAAAUUUCAGAAAUGAACAAAAUGCUGAAGAGUGCACAAGGAAGGCACUGCUAAUGAUUACAAAAACAUUCACACGUAGGAGGAAGGAAGAACCGCACACACAAACGUAACACCCAGUAUUUUAACUUUCCCACUGAUCUUCUUUCUAUUUUAUCUAUUCACUUCUAAACAAAGGCAACACUGAUUAGAGUUUUAAUUAGAAAUAUCUGUUCCUGCUUCAGACCGCUGCCCACACUUCCCACACGGGCAUGUGGAAGCACUGACAAAAGUGAACUUUCUGUGUGAGGGUGGGACUUAUGUAAUCACAACACAUAACACACUUUCUCAACUUACUUUAAAAUGGAAACAUACUCUGUGCCACUUUUGGAGCAUAUCUAGACUAAAGUUCAGCUAUUGAUUCAGUGUUAUAUAGAAGAAAUCUUAGCAUUCGUUCUCGAGAAUAUAAAAACUCCACACU